AGCAAGAAAAAACAUUUUCAAUGUUCAUAUGUAAAUAUGAAUAUUAUUUUAAGACAAAACUAACUAACUAAUUAUAGUGUUGAUAUGAAAUCUCAUGGUGAAUUGAUGGUCUUUUCUUGGGUUAUGUUCAGAUUCUGUGUGUUACUGUGUGGGUGAAAAUGUUUGGCAAGUGCUCUUGACCAAUCAUAUAAUGCCAGCAGUGCAGACACCCUCUCUAAAGCAUUUAAAAGAGAACAGCCUUUCCCCUGUCUCUGCAAUAUUCUUGAUCACACCUCACAGUGCAGAUCAGCUCCAAUAAACAAAUUACCAACAUGCUCUUGUUCCUCUUCUUGUUUGGUCUGGCUCUGGGUGCUGAGUCUCCUUCAGGUGACCAUGAGAUGAAGCUACAGCGUGGUAACUGUCCCAUGUUCUGGUUCAGCUUCAACGGCCGCUGCUACAAGUAUGUCUCCACACGUAUGACCUGGGCUGAUGCAGACUUCCAAUGUGUGUCAGAGAGUGCCACCCUGGUGUCUAUCCACAGUCUGGAAGAAGAGAGGUUCGUCACAUCCCUGAUCAAGAACUUUGACCCUGCUCAGGGAUCCACCUGGAUCGGAUUCAGUGACAUCCAUAAAGAAGGAAGAUGGAUAUGGUCUGAUGGAUCUGCAUUGGACUUUGCUUUUUGGGACAAUGGACAGCCAAACAACUAUCAUGGAAAGGAACACUGUGCACGCCAAAACUAUAACAGUAAUCUGAAAUGGAAUGACGGUCCUUGUUCUGAGACAUUGCCUUUUGUCUGUGCAUCUCGUGUCUGUCCUUAA